AUGAAGGCCAUUCAAUCAAAAGUCGGUAACGGAUCGGAGCAAACAAACAAGCCAGUGCCUGGUGAACAGCCUCAGGCGGAAGCUUCAAGUCCGUCCAAGCCGAGAAAGAGAUAUCAAUGUUCCAUGCCAGAUUGCAACAAAUCCUUCUACCAGAAGACACACCUCGAGAUCCACACACGAGCACACACUGGCGUCAAGCCUUUUGUUUGCAAAGAGCCCAGCUGCGGCCAACGUUUCUCACAACUCGGUAACCUCAAGACACACGAGCGUCGUCACACCGGCGAGCGCCCGUAUAGCUGCGAGCUGUGCGGCAAGACAUUUGCUCAACGUGGUAAUGUCAGAGCACACAAGAUCGUCCACACAGCAGCAAAGCCUUUCACCUGCCGUCUUGAUGAGUGCAAUAAGCAGUUCACUCAACUUGGCAACUUGAAGAGUCACCAGAACAAGUUCCACCAAGAAACCAUUCGCAGGCUCCGACAGACUUUUGAGAACCUCCAUGAGGGUGACCACGUUAACUCGUGGGAAAAGGCCAUGUGGGAUUACUUUACUGGCCUCUACAAGAACUGCAACAAGGGCAUCAAAGGCAGAGGUAAAGAUCGUCGUAUCAGCACCACC